AUGGGAACCUCGUGGGAAACCAGUAACCAAAGCUACCAAGGAGAAUUCAUCUUGCUGGGGGUGGCUGACCAGCCACGGUUGGAGAUGUUGCUCUUUGCCCUUGUUCUUGUCUGCUACAUGAUGACCCUUCUGGGCAACACUACUAUCAUUGUUGUGUCGAGCUUAGAUGCAGGGCUCCAUACCCCCAUGUAUUUCUUUCUCAGCAACCUUUCCUUCAUUGACCUCUGCUUCACCACCAGCCUUGGGCCCCACAUGCUGGUGAAUUUCUGGAGAAAAAGCAAGACUAUCACUUAUGGUGGCUGUGUGGCUGAGCUCUACAUCUCCCUUGCUCUGGGCUCCACAGAGUGUUCUUUGUUAGCUGUCAUGGCCUAUGAUCGCUAUGCCGCCAUCUGUCAUCCAUUGCGCUAUACUAUGAUUAUGAGCCACUGUCUGAGCUUCAUGAUGGCUGCUGUUUGCUGGGUAAGUGGCUUCAGUGUCUCACUAGUUCAUACAGUCAUGACUCUUAAGCUUCCACUGUGUGGACAGAAUCAAGUGGAUCAUUUCUUUUGUGAGCUCCCUGCCCUUCUUAAAUUGGCUUGUGUUGACACUUCACUAAAUGAGGUUGUGCUAUUUUCUACUAAUGUGUUGUUCCUUCUAAUUCCAGUUAGUCUCAUCACAAUCUCCUAUAGCUAUAUAGCUGCUGCAGUGCUGAGGAUUCGCUCAGCUGAAGGCAGGAAGAGGGCCUUCAACACUUGUUCCUCUCACCUGAUGGUGGUCUGGCUCUUCUAUGGUACAGCCAUUUUCAAUUAUUUCCAGCCUGUGUCCAUCUCCCGUGAUCGACACAAGAUGAUUUCCCUUUCCUAUACCUUUGUCGCCACCAUGCUUAAUCCACUGAUCUACACUCUGAGAAACAAAGACGUACAUAAAGCUCUCCAAAGACUAAUCAAAAAUAGAUUUUUGUAA